UGACCAAGACCUUAAUAUGUAAACAUCCGGAUUUCAUAACGGCACAUGUUUGUGAAAUCGUCUGCAACUUUGACACUUCUGUCUCAAUUUGGUUUUACGUUUGUUAGAAACAUACAAACAGACGUAAUGCCUCUCAAACUAGCAGCUAAUUUAACAACGCUCUUUCCUGAAGUCAAAACAAUAACAGAACGCUACGAAAAAGCUAAGAAAGCAGGUUUCCAUUACGUUGAAUGCGCUUUUCCAUUUGCAGAAACAAAAGAACAGCUACAAAAUGUCAAAAAGAAAUUAGGACUUGAUCAUGUUUUAUUUAAUGGCUAUCCAGGUGACGUUGGAAAAGGUGAUAGAGGCAUUGCAGCAUUACCCGACAGAAAAAAAGAAUUCCAAGAUAAUGUUGACAUUAAUAUACAGUAUGCCAAAGCUUUGGAUUGUAAAAGAAUCCAUGUUAUGGCAGGUGUAACAAAGGGAUUGGACCAGAAACUAUGUGAUGAGACUUAUUUAGAGAAUAUUGCCUUGAUUGCUGAUAAAUUUGCAAAAGAAGGACUGACAUGUAUGCUUGAGCCAAUUAAUGACAGUGUGACUAUUCCAGGGUAUUAUUUAACAGAUGUUCAUAAAGCUGUUGAAAUAAUAAAGAAACUGAACAGACCAAAUGUGAAGUUACAGUUUGAUUUCUUUCAUAUGCAGGUGUUACAUGGAAAUUUUACUGAGAAUUUUAAGAAAUAUUAUCAAUAUAUAGAUCAUAUACAAGUAGCACAAACACCAGGUCGAUGUGAACCAGGAUUUCCAGGAGAAAUGGACUAUUCCUAUGUCUUUAAACUCUUAGAAGACCAUGGAUAUGAUGGUUAUGUUGGUUUGGAAUACAUGCCAAGAGGAGACACUGUUGAAGGACUAAAAUGGUUAAAGGAAAUGAAUAUGACAUUAUAAAACAAAAAUGGAGAAAAAUAGAGAUGGACAUUUAAUAUACAAGACUUUAUAGUUAUAUUUUAGUAAUAUUUGACAUAGGUUGUCAAUUAGUGUGUGUCACUGUGUGUGGGGAGGGGAGAAUAGAUGACUUUUCUGCAAUAUUUUUUGAAAAGCAUAUAAAACCUUUGGGUAAACAUUUUUGUAUUACUUUUUAUUGGAUUUCUAUUCCAUAUUAUUCUGUAUUGAAUGAUUUGAAUGCUGAAAUAUCUUUUUAAAUUUAAUAACAUUUAAAUGAGAUUUUUUUUAGUUAUAUUUCAUGAUACAUAAAUGUCAGUGAAAUUAGAAGAAUGAAAAUGAUCUGUGAUAAAUUCUGAAAAUGUUUUGGGAAAAUAGUGCAAGAUGUGAUUUGUUUUAAUAUUUGAUAUGGCAAUCAUGACAUGUACAAUGUACUAGAUUUGGUAAGCAUGUGAACAAUCUUAUA